AUAUAUAAUACACACUUUUUAGGAUUCUUAUUUUAAAAAGCAAUGAUGAUUCAUAGUAAAAAGCUUAGUGGCGCAGAAAACCGAAAACGAACCCAUGCAAAAAAUGAAGCUCAAGCAAAAAUACUUUUAAAGACUGCUAAGUUAGAAACAUAUUUUAGCUUUACAGAUAAACAGCUUCACACAUCGCCGGUUGAAAAUGUAAAUAAUACAAGCGAUGAAAAUGAUCACAGCUUUAUUGUUAAUGAGAAUAACCUAUCAAAUCCAGACGAUUUAAUAUUAAUAUUAUCAAGUAAGAGCUGUACUGAAACUAGUAAAACUCUAUUGACUCCAGAAUCCAAAGAACUAAAUGAAACACCCUGUUUGUCCAUGCAUGAACAUAACAAGCCCGAAUGUUUAUUAAACCAAAAUGAUCACAGAUUCACUGUUAAUAAAGAUAAUUUAACAAAUCCAGACAAUCUUAUAUUACUAAAUAACAGCAGCACAGAAACGAGUAAAACUCUAUUGUCUACAGAAUCGGAAGAAAUAAAUGAUACACCACGUUUGCCAAUGGUUGAACAUAACAGUCUUUCUAAACAAAGUAUUGUUCCUGAAAAUGAUCCUGCCAAUUGGAUAAAAAAUCAAGAAACGAUAGAUUAUUUAUCAAUCAAUGGAUUUAACCGAAAUUUAGAGAACAAUAAUUUCCAAAAGUCAAAAAGAAUUUACACUCAAAUAAUUGGUGGGGUAAGAUGUACUCGUUUUCGAUAUAUGUCAAAAAGUAUAUUUAUAUCUACUCUUGUUAAUGGUGAAAAAAUUAACCGAACAUUUUUGAUUUACUCAGAAAGUAAAGGAUCAAUAUUUUGUGCUCCCUGCUAUAUAUUUGGUGGCACUACAUCGUUUGCCACAGUUGGUUUUUCAGAUUGGAAAAAAGGAGAAGAAAAAAUCAAGCGUCAUGAAAAUUCACAACACCACAAAUUGUGUGUAAUGAAUAUGAAAGAAAGAAAAGAAGUAUUAAAUCGAGUUGAUCAAAAGCUAAAGUAUCAAGUAGAAACAGAAAUAAAUUAUUGGAAAAAUGUAUUGACAAGAGUUGUAGCUGUUGUGAAAUCCCUUUCUUCUCGUGGAAUGUCUUUUAGAGUUGAUGAUGACCGUUUUGGAUCUGUUCAUAAUGGGAACUUUAUGAUGAGCUUAGAGCUUAUUGCUCAGUUUGAUCCUUUUUUAGCACAACACAUUGAGAAGUUUGGAAAUAAAGGAAAAGGUUCAACAUCAUACCUAUCAUUUAAUAUAUAUGAGCAGUUCAUAAGUAUAAUGGCAGAUAAUGUUAUUCAACAAAUGAAUGGCUGUCCGGUAGAAAGAUUUUUAGGGUUUUUACCUAAUUCUGGUCAUAAAUCUAAAGAAUUAGCAGAUGCUGUAUUUUUAGUUUUAGAAUCGCAUGGAUUAGAUAUUAAUAAUUGUCGUGGUCAAAGUUACGACAAUGCGUCUAAUAUGUCUGGUAGAUACACAGGACUUCAAGCUCGCAUUAAAAAAGUUAAUCCUUUAGCAACAUUUGUACCAUGCUCGGCACACUCUUUAAAUCUUGUUGGUGAGUGCGCUGUGGACUGUUGUAUUUAUGCUUCUGAAUUUUUUAUUCUGCUUCAAAAUAUUUAUAAAUUUUUCAGUGCCUCUACUUAUAGAUGGGAAAUACUUCAGAAGAAUUUGAUUAAAACAGAAAAUGUAUCUCUUAAAAAACUAUCAGAUACCAGAUGGUCAGCAAGAUCUGAUGCAAAUGAUAAAACAGAAAAAUCUAUUACAAGAUCAGAAGCUAACGGGCUAUAUUUAAAACUGGAUAGUCUUGAAACAGCUAUAAUGGCCACAUUAUGGGGCGAUAUACUAGAGAGAUUCAACAAAACUAGCAAACAAUUGCAGUCAGUUGAGAUUGAUUUAGAAACAGUUGUAAGUUUAUACGAAUCUUUAAUUCGAUAUGUAUUAGAUUUAAGGAAAAAAGAGUGUAAUACAAUUGUAAACUCAAAUUUAUUUUCAAGUUUAUUGAAAUCAAUUGAAAGAUGCUCAAGAAUGUUAUUCGUCAAUAUUGUGCACGAUAUUAAUCAAAAAGAGGGUCUUUCUCACACUUCUUCCAACAAUUAUAUGCAAGUUUGUGAUGCAAAUCCAUACAAAGAAGAAAUUAUUUAG